UCAUCUGUGUUUCAGGUUGACUGAGAGUUCAGCGGGGGUUGCGGAGCAGCUGGCCUCCACCCAGCGGAUGGCAGAAGAUCUGGUCGUGGCCCAAAGUGCCGCGCUGAAAUCCCAGGAAAGCAUCCUUCGCAAUGGAGAGGAACUCAAGAGCACCCUGCAAGACUCCACUCAAGGCCUGAGAGAUGUGUUUGUGGAGAUGAGGCAUUCUGCACAGGAGCAGCAGGUGGCAUUUGCAGAAAUCUUUAACCGUGUAGCUUUCCUCCAGAGCUUUAUUAUGUCUGAAACGCACACGUUUAGUUCCCUCUUCUACAACGCCCUGGGCUUUGGCGCCUCUUUCCUUCUGACUUCUGUCCGGCGCACAGCUGGAGCGAGAUUUUUCCUUUUUGGACUUGUGGCUUUGAAUAUAUACCUCGAAAGGAUGAUCUGUAAGACGGUGUUGGAAAGCGAGGACCAUGGUUUUCAACAGAUGGAGAAAAUUGCCUUUUUAGUUGGUCUUCUAAGAAAAUCCAUGGUUCUAAUUGGCUGCCUUGUUCUGCUGUACUUUGCUCUGCGCUACCGCAAUAUCAGCCGAGAGAGUCUUGAAAUUCUGAAGGAGCUCAAAGAGACUCGCUCUGAUCUUCAGCAGGCCUUGCAAAAAGCAGAAUGUCUCUCGGCAUCUGUGGAUGAAUGGAAGAGGUCCAGACAAAAACGUUGGCAGAGCGAGUGGGAAGAGCGAGAUGACAGUUUAGUUGUUCUGCAUCCCUCUAGCGUCGUGAAUGAGGCCCUGUCCACAUUCUCUGCGUCUCCGGACACCAGACACUAUGAGACACGGCGCACCUCAGAAGCCCCGAAGAGACGUCAGCGGCACACGUCAGGCUCUCGUUCACGGACAUCUUCUGUCACGGUGUACAGUGUGCUGGUGGAUGACAAUGAGCCGAGGUAUAGCCUGAGAAGUCGGAAAUCUUUGAAUGGUCCAGAAGCUAGAGGAGUAAAGUACUGAUGCAGAAUAUCAGAAAAAGGUUUGAUUGCCAUCUAAAGAUCUGAUCCAGUGAAUAACAAAGGUUCCGGAUCAUUAGAGAGAUCUAAAACCUCAGAAAGAUGGAAGAUCACAGACAUUUUAUCCAUUUUGAAUGUAUGCUUCCAUUUUAAUCUUUAAACAUUAUAUUUGUUUUUUUUUUUGUUCUUUCAGAUGUGUUGUUUUUACAUAACCAAUAAAUAAAUUCCAGUGUAA